CGCCGAGGAAGAUGUGUCCGAGUUGCUGCUGAAACUGACCCGUAUUGACCCGAGACACUCUUAUUUAAUUUAUUUUAUUUUAUUUUUUAUUUUUAUUUUUUUGUCUACCCCACGGCUCUGCGCUUUACUGUAACGGCUUGAGAAAACUUGGAAAAUAGAAUAACAUGCUGUGGUUUUGAACCUUUCUUUUUCUUUUUCUUUUUUUUUUUUUUUUUGAGGAAAUUAAAGUGCCAGCGUGAAAAGCCAGAAUGGCAGCCAGAGAGAGGCUCUUUGAACUUUGGAUGCUUUAUUGUACAAAGAAAGAUCCAGAUUACCUGAGACUAUGGUUGGACAAUUUUGUUUUGAGUUAUGAACAAUUUUUAGACGUUGACUUUGAAAAGCUGCCUACAAGGGUAGAUGAUGUGCCUCCAGGAAUAUCACUGCUUCCUGAUAAUAUUCUGCAGGUUCUGAGGAUCCAGCUGCUGCAUUGUGUUCAGAAAACAGCAGAUGGGUUAGAGGAACAACAACAAGCCUUGUCAAUUUUGCUUGUCAAAUUCUUCAUUAUUCUUUGCAGGAAUUUAUCAAAUGUAGAAGAAAUUGGGACUUGCUCUUAUAUUAAUCAUAUCAUUACCAUGACAACACUGUAUAUUCAGCAAUUAAAAAGCAAAAAAAAGGAGAAGGAAAUGGCUGAUCAGACAUCUAUUGAAGAAUUUGUGAUCCAUGCAUUGGCAUUCUGUGAAAGUUUGUAUGAUCCGUAUAGAAAUUGGAGACAUAGAAUUUCAGGACGAAUCCUCAGUUCUGUGGAAAAGAGCAGACAGAAAUACAAACCGGCUUCUCUCACAGUGGAGUUUGUUCCCUUCUUUUAUCAAUGUUUUCAGGAAAGUGAACAUCUCAAGGAAAGUCUUAAGUGUUGCUUAUUGCAUCUCUUUGGAGCCAUUGUAGCCGGUGGGCAGAGGAAUGCUUUGCAAGCAAUUUCUCCAGCUACCAUGGAAGUUCUUAUGAGAGUUUUGUCUGAUUGUGAUUCAUGGGAAGAAGGAGAUCCUGAGGAAGUGGGUAGAAAGAGAGAACUAACCCUGAAAUGCCUUACACAAGUGGUGCAUAUCCUUCUUACUAGCAGCUCUGACCAGCGUCAGGUGGAAACUAGUACCAUACUGGAGAACUAUUUCAAAUUACUCAAUUCAGAUCACUCAGCUUUGCCUAAACAGAGGAGGUCCAGGCGGUGGGAAAGCCAGUUCAUAGCUCUGCAGAUUAAGAUGCUGAACACCAUCACAGCCAUGUUGGACUGCACGGACAGACCCGUUCUUCAGGCCAUUUUUCUGAAUAGCAAUUGCUUUGAGCACCUCAUACGACUUCUGCAGAACUGCAAGCUGUUUUUAAAUGCUCACAGUAAGGUGGCAGACAAGAACGAGAAAGACCUUGCCAACCAAUUACUGACAGAGAUGAGUGAGGACCAGGUAUUUCAGGGACAGUUGGAUUGUUUGGCUGUAUCAACCAUUCAGGCUUUGACAGCAGUGAUGAAGAAUUCUCCAGCUGCUAAGGAAGUAUUUAAAGAAAGAAUUGGCUAUAUGCACAUGCUUGAGGUAUUAAAAUCUUUGGGCCAGCCACCACUAGAACUGCUUAAAGAACUUAUGAACAUGGCCGUUGAGGGUGAUCAUACUUCAGUUGGCAUUUUGGGCAUUAGUAAUGUCCAUCCUCUCUUGGUUCUUAUCCAGUGGCUUCCAGAGCUAGAAUCCCAUGACCUACAAAUUUUCAUCUCUGAUUGGCUGAAAAAAAUUUGUUGCAUUAAUAAACAGAGCCGAACUACCUGUGUGAAUGCAAACAUGGGAAUAAGAAUCAUUGAAACCCUUGAAUCCCACUCUUCCUUACAUCGAACUUGUGCUGAGAAUUUGAUUGCAAUCCAUGGUUCACUGGGGAGUCAGUCUGUGAGCUCAGAAGAGAUCCGUCGACUACUCCGGUUGCUGAGAGUGGAUGAAUCUGAGUUUGCUCACCCGUACACCGUUCCCGUGACUCGUGCCAUCCUGACAAUGGCGCGAAAACUCAGUCUUGAGAGUGCACUGCAGUAUUUUAAUUUGUCACAUAGCAUGGCAGGUAUUUCUGUGCCUGCCGUUCAGAAAUGGCCUGGCUCUGCUUUUUCCUUCACUGCUUGGUUUUGUUUGGAUCAGGGUCGGUUGACCCUCGGCACUGCUAACAAAGGAGGAAAAAGGAAACAAUUAUAUAGCUUUUUUACAGGAAGUGGAAUGGGUUUCGAAGCUUUUAUUACCCACUCAGGCAUUUUGGUUGUAGCAGUGUGCACGAAAAGAGAAUAUGCAACAGUCAUGCUCCCUGACCACAGUUUCUGUGACUCUCUCUGGCACAACAUAGCCAUUGUUCACAUGCCUGGAAAAAGGCCCUUUGGUCAGAGUCUUGUCUAUAUCUAUGACAAUGGACAACAAAAGGUUUCUGCCCCUCUCAGAUUUCCAGCCAUGAAUGAGCCAUUUACUUCCUGUUGUAUUGGUUCAGCUGGUCAAAGAACCACUACUCCUCCACCAUCUCAAAUCCCAGAUCCACCAUUUUCUACUCCCAUUUCCCCUCACCGGACAUCAUUUGGUGGAAUAUUGUCAUCAGCCUCCUGGGGAGGAACAGUUGAAAAAUCAAAAUUAGUUACCAAAUUAAUUUCAGCUGGAACCCAAGAUAGUGAGUGGGGUUGUCCCACAUCCCUGGAGGGCCAGCUAGGGUCUGUUAUUAUAUUCCAUGAAGCGCUGCAGCCUCCUCAGGUCAAGGCUUUAUAUUUAGCAGGUCCAAAUUGCUUAAGCCCUUGGAAGUGUCCAGACUGUGACAUGGCUGACCUCCCAAGUAACGUCCUCCUUCACUACACAGCAAAGGCUUGCAAAAAUUCAAUUUGCCUUGACUUGUCUACUAAUUCUUUGCAUGGAAGAUUAACAGGAAACAAAGUAGUGAAUUGGGACAUUAAGGACAUCAUCAAUUGUAUAGGUGGAUUAAAUGCACUUUUUCCUUUACUGGAACAAAUAAGCCACUUUAGUGAAGGACAGACUUCUGAAGGAUUGAGUGAAAACACAGUUCCUGAAUUAGUAACACCUAUUGAACAGGAAUGUCUGGGGUUGGCCUCCACAAAGGCGUCAGAGUCAAGACUAGAGAAAAAUCUCAUUGCAACAUUCAUCUUGAUUGUGAAACACUUCAUUCAGAGACAUCCUAUCAACCAGGACAAUCUUAUUCAGUCUCAUGGAGUUGCAACUCUUGGUGCCUUACUCCAGAAGGUGCCAGGUACCCUAAUGGAUGUUAAUGUAUUGAUGGCAAUUCAAUUACUAAUUGAACAGGUAUCACUAGAAAAAAACACACUGUUGCUUCAACAGAUGUAUCAGUAUUUACUCUUUGACUUCCGCAUUUGGAACCGUGGAGAUUUUCCUUUUCAGAUUGGCCAUAUACAGUAUCUUUCGACUAUCAUUAAAGACAGUAGGAGAGUUUUCCGGAAGAAGUAUGGCGUGCAGUUUCUCCUAGAUACACUUAGGAUUUAUUACAGGCAUGGUUCUACAUGCAAUGAGCUAUCUCCAGAUGAUAUUCAAACAAUAAGGACUUCUUUGUAUGGGCUAAUUAAAUAUUUUCUUUGUAAAGGUGGAACUCAUGAAGAAGUCCAAAGUAUCAUAGGUUACAUAGCUGCUACUCAUGAAGAAGAACAGCUCUUUGGAAUUUUGGAUAUACUCUUCAGUCUUCUACGAACCAGCCCAACUAGAGGUCAACUUUUCUUACUGAUGUUUGAACCAGGAAAUGCUGACCUACUUUAUGCCUUGCUGUUAAAUCAGAAAUACUCUGACAGACUAAGAGAAAUCAUUUUUAAGGUCAUGGAACAGAUGUUAAAAUGCACAAAUGUUUAUGAACGUAGUAAGCAACGUCUCCGUCUCAGAGAAGUUGGCUAUUCAGGAAUGGGACUCCUUCUUACUGAAGCACCAGUUAACACGUCUCUCAUUAAAAACCUUGUUAAUCAAAUCCUUAAUACAGAUCCAGUUAUUAAUUUCAAAGAUCUGUUAUCUGUAGUAUAUAUAUCUCACAGAACAUAUGUAAAUGUCAGAGUGGUCCUCUGUAGAAAGAUAUUACAGAUUUUGCAGUCCCAGCCAGAUGCAGCCUACCAGAUAUCACAGCAAGUGGGUUGGCAAGACACCUUUGUUAGACUUUUUUUAAAAGCAAAUUUUGAAAAUGUAAAUUCUCUUCACACACAUGGGAAGACUAUUUCAGUGAAAGAAAAUAAACCUUUGUCAACUGAAGAUGUUAAGAGGAACUUUGAAAGACAUGAUGAUGAAAAAAUGACAUUAGCUGAUGUGUCUUCAGAUCAUUGGAGCUUGGAAGAUAGUCAGUCCCUGAACUCAAACACACCAAUGUUUCAAGAAGAUAGCUCUGAAGGAGAAUUAUCUUUCAAGUCAGAAAAUCAAGAAGAAUUCUGGCAUAGUAACACUUCCCAUCUGAGUUUAGAUCUCAGUGGAAUUGACGUGUGUGAGCUGAGUGAUGGCGGGAGUCAAGUACCGGACAGCUCCCCCAGCACACCAUCCCCAGUAGAGUCUACCAAGUCCUUUUCUGUGCACUCUGACAAAGAAAGAAGUACCACAAAUGAAGUGGGCUUUAGCGAGGACUUCUCCCUCCUUGAAAGCCAAGAGAGAUGUGAAGAGGAGCUUCUUCAGCUGCUUACAAGUAUUUUGAGUCGUGUCAUGUGUAAAGGACUAGAAAAGUCUGAUGAAGACACUUGGAUUGAACGAGGACAAGUGUUUUCAGCACUAACUAAACCAGGAAUAUCAAGUGAGCUACUUCGACCAUCAGAUGAAAUAAAACUAACUUUGCUACAGAAGAUGUUAGAAUGGGCAGUCACAGAAAACAGAGAUGCAAAAAGUAGUCCUGUAACUGCUGAAAAUGCCUUCCGACUCCUGCUGAUCAUACAGGAUUUUCUGCAGUCAGAAGGGGUGGUCAAUUCCAACAUGUGGACGGAGAAGCUUUUAGAAGAUACUAUGCAGCUGCUUGACUGUCUGUCAGUAUGGUAUUCUGAGAAUCCAGUCUGGGUAAAACUCUCUCAAAUUCAGAUCCAGUUGCUUCUAGAAUUCAUUGGAAGAGGCAGUUUGCAGGUUUGUGCAAUGGCAUCAGCUAAGCUAAAUACCCUUCUUCAGACCAAAGUGAUUGAAAACCAAGAGGAGGCGUGCUAUAUUUUAGGGAAAUUAGAACAUAUUCUAAGUCGCUCAAUCAAGGAACAGACAGAAAUCUACUCUUUUCUGAUUCCCCUUUUCCGUACUCUGGUUUCUAAAAUUUAUGGGCUUCUUUUUAUGAACUUGCACCUACCUUCUUUGCCGUUUACCAAUGGAAGUGUUUCAUUUUUUGAAGAUUUUCAAGAAUACUGCAAUUCAAAUGAAUGGCAAGUUUACAUUGAAAAAUACAUUGUACCUUACAUGAAGCAGUAUGAAACACAUACAUUUUAUGAUAGUCAUGAGAACAUGGCACUUUACUGGAAGAAUUGUUAUGAAGCCUUAAUGGUGAACAUGCAUAAAAGAGACCGAGAGGGCGGAGAGAGUAAGCUGAAAUUUCAGGAGUAUUUUGUGGAGCCAUUUAAUCGAAAAGCACGUCAAGAGAACUUGAGGUACAAUAAUAUGAUUAAACAGCUUAGCAGUCAACAGCUGACUGCUUUCAGACGCUGGAAGGCAAUACGGCUCUAUCUUACAUGUGAAAGGGGGCCUUGGGCUGAAAAGAAACAGAAUCGAAUACACUGGAAACUAGCUAAUGUAGAAAAUUAUUCCCGCAUGAGACUUAAACUGGUACCAAAUUAUAAUUUCAAAACCCAUGAGGAAGCUAGUGCCUUAAGAGAUAAUUUAGGUGUCCAGCACUUGCAGCCUUCCAGUGAGUCAUUGCUUUUGGAAGUGGUGAAGCAAGUUAAACUCAGUGAUAUGGAGGAAGAUAAACUAGAACUUCUGGAAGAGGACAUGGCAGCCAGAGUAAAUAUUGAUGAGAAGGAAGAACAGGAUCAGAAGGAAAAAUUGGUGUUGAUUGAAGACUGUGAACUGAUUACAGUAAUUGACAUAAUUCCUGGCAGAUUAGAAGUCACUACUCAACACAUUUACUUCCAUGAUAACAGUAUUGAAAAAGAAGAUGGAAUGGGUUUUGAUUUCAAGUGGCCUCAUUCUCAAAUUCGAGAGAUUCACCUACGUCGAUACAAUUUGAGGAGAUCAGCACUUGAGAUUUUUCAUGUUGAUCAAUCCAACCACUUUCUGAAUUUCAAAAAAGAGGUUAGAAACAAAGUAUAUAGCAGACUAUUGUCACUUCAUACUCCUAAUAGUUACGGAACAAGAUCACCACAAGAAUUAUUCAAAGCAUCAGGAUUGACACAGAAAUGGGUGAAUCGAGAAAUAACAAACUUUGACUACCUCAUUCAGAUAAAUACAAUGGCGGGACGGACCUAUAAUGACCUUGCACAGUACCCUGUGUUUCCCUGGAUUUUGCAGGAUUAUACAUCAGAAGAGUUGGACCUAAAUAACCCUACUGUAUUUCGAGAUCUUUCUAAACCAAUUGGAGUAGUUAAUGAAAAAAAUGCCAAAGCUAUGCGAGAAAAGUACGAAAAUUUUGAAGAUCCCAUGGGAACAAUUGAUAAGUUCCAUUAUGGCACUCACUAUUCGAAUUCAGCAGGCGUCAUGCACUAUCUCAUCCGCGUGGAGCCCUUCACUACCCUCCACAUCCAGCUGCAGAGUGGAAGGUUUGACUGUGCAGAUCGGCAAUUCCAUUCCAUCCCUGCUACCUGGCAAGCGCUUAUGGAUAAUACAUAUGAUGUUAAAGAACUUAUUCCUGAAUUCUUCUAUUUCCCAGAGUUUUUAGAAAAUCAAAACGAAUUUAAUUUGGGUCAUUUACAAGUUUCCAAAGAACUGGUAAAUGAUGUCAUUCUUCCAAGAUGGGCUAAGUCAGCUGAAGAUUUCAUUUAUAAACACAGAAAAGCUCUGGAGUCUGAAUAUGUUUCUGCUCAUCUUCAUGAGUGGAUAGAUCUGAUUUUUGGCUACAAACAGAGAGGGCCAGCUGCAGUGGAGGCACUCAAUGUCUUCUAUUACUGUAGUUAUGAAGGUGCUGUAGAUCUUGAUGCCUUAACAGAUGAAAAGGAAAGAAAAGCCUUAGAAGGGAUGAUUAAUAAUUUUGGGCAAACACCUUGUCAGCUGUUAAAGGAACCACACCCUCCACGAUUAUCAGCAGAAGAAGCGAUUCAAAAGCAGACCAAAACAGAACUUUCAACCCUAAACCUUUUUCAACACCUCCCUGAACUGAAGUCAUUUUUUAUAGAGGGAAUUAGUGAUGGUAUUCCACUAUUAAAGGCCAUCAUCCCCAAAAAUCAAUCUCGUUCUUUCAUGUCUCAAGGCAGCCCUGAGUUACUGGUAACAGUAAGCAUGAAUUAUGUCAUUGGAACCCAUGGAUGGCUACCAUAUGACAGAAAUAUUUCGAACUACUUCACAUUUAUUAAGGAUCAAACUGUGACCAACCCCAAAGCUCAGCGCACUGUGAAUGGUCCUUUUGCCCCAGGGCUGGAAAUCACAUCCAAACUGUUUGUAGUGUCACAUGAUGCGAAGUUGCUCUUCAGUGCCGGACACUGGGAUAAUAGUAUCCAAGUGAUGUCACUUACCAAAGGAAAAAUUGUCUCACAUAACAUCCGACAUAUAGAUAUUGUGACUUGCUUAGCUACAGAUUACUGUGGAUUAUACUUGAUUUCUGGUUCCAGGGACACUACAUGUAUGAUAUGGCAAAUAACACAACAGGGAGGCACUCCUGUGGGCUUAGCAUCUAAACCUUUUCAGAUUCUUUAUGGACACACUGAUGAGAUACUGAGUGUGGGCAUCAGCACUGAGCUCGACAUGGCAGUGUCAGGGUCAAGGGAUGGCACUGUGAUUGUACACACAAUUCAGAAAGGCCAGUACAUGAGAACUUUACGACCGCCUUCUGAGAGCUCCCUGUUUCUGACCAUUCCCAGUUUGGCUAUAUCUUGGGAAGGACACAUAGUCGUCUAUUCCAGCUUGGAAGAGAAGUCCACCAUCAAGGAUAAGAACAUGUUACAUGCGUUUUCUAUAAACGGAAAGUAUCUGGGGUCUCAAGUGCUGAAUGAGCAGAUAUCAGACAUGUGCAUAAUUGGAGAGCACAUUAUCACUGGCAGCUUACAAGGGUUCCUGUCUAUAAGAGGGCUCCACAGUUUGAAUCUCAACGUCACCCCAUUAGCCAUGCGAUUACCUAUCCACUGUGUUUCUGUCACCAAAGAAUACAGCCACAUUCUUGUCGGCUUAGAAGAUGGGAAAUUGAUUGUAGUGGGUGUUGGCAAGCCAGCCGAGAUGCGAUCGGGGCAACUUUCUCGAAAAUUGUGGGGAUCUAGCAAACGGCUCAGCCAGAUUUCAGCUGGAGAAACUGAAUAUAAUACUCAGGAUUUCAAGUGAUUGUUGCUCACAUUCUGUGAUGGACAGCUGAGCUAUAUUCAUUGCCUUGUCACUUUAGCUGCAUCUCUCCACUCUCUGAAGAGAGGAUUACCACAGUCACUGUGGCAUUUGCCUGUAACCAAUGUUUGAGAGGCUGAGGCAGGUGGCUUUUAAGUUCAAGGCCAGCCUGGGCUAUGUAGCAAGGCCUUGUCUCAAAUUAAAAUAAAUAAAUAAAUAAAUAAAUAAAUAAAUAAGGAUUAAAAUUAAAGUUGUAGGUUUUAUUAAGUCCAUUUUUAAAGUUUUGUCACAAUGAGUCUAGUUUUAUUAAGUGCUAAAAUUGAAUUCAGAAAAUAUAUUUGAUUCAAUUUAGUAACCUAUUCCCAAAUCAUUAAAUCCAUUUUUUAAAAAACAAACUUCUAAUAUAAUAUAUUUAGGUUGAAAUCCCCUAAUCUAAGUAGCAAAUUUUAAGCUAUUUCUAAUAAAGUAGUAUAGAUCAUGGAGAGUUGAGAGAUGUGGCUUUUCAUGUGUUCUUUAGAUAAUCAUUUUUCUGUUUACUGACCAUUACAUUGAAAACAACUUACUCAUGAACCUCCUAUGUAAAGGUAAUAACUUUUAGGCAUUUGUGUAUAACUGAAGUUUCAGAAGUUGCAGAUCUGCAUAAUUGGAUUAAAUGCAAAUAUUGAAAUAGUAUAGUGGUUCAUUUCCUACCCUUACUAUUUAAAUAAUAUAUCACUAAUAAAAAAGUAGUUAAUUCCAUUAUUAUCUUUAAGUAACAAAAGUUGAAAAGGAAAAAGAAAAACUAGAGAUAAGUUUUACAGAUGUACUUCAUUAAUAGUAUAUUUAAGCAAAAAUGCUAAUGUGGCUUUGGCUAGCCAGUCUUUUGAGUAGCAUUUGCAGCACAAUUUACAUCUGUGAAAUUCAAAAUUUUGUUAAUUUCUCUUUGUUAAACAAAAACUGCGUGAAUUCUUUAUGUAUUUGAUCAUUUUUAGCCUGAUGAUUAUGAGUUGCCCUAAAAGGUCGUGAUUGAUGGAAAAAUACUGCAUAAUUCACAGUAGUCGUGUGGAUGCACAGUGUUGUAAAAAUCCUUUUAUUGCUCAUUAUAUACAACUGUUACGGGAAAGCUAAUUUCUUUAGAGUUUGUUAAAUAUUACAUUAUAUUUAAAAUUUUAAGUAAAAAGGCUGAUUGAUUAAUUUGGAAUUCAAAGUGAUUGUUAUUUGUUUUUGUAAAUUACUUUUGAGUUAGGUCAGAGAAGUUUUGCAACUAGCAGUAUUGGUAAUUUAAGAUUCUACCGGCUUUGGGAAGAUUUGUGAGUCUCUGAAGUUGUACAGAAAUUUACAUGUUUAGUCCAUUUUCAGGAAAAAACUAUCGCAUGGUUUUCUUAAAAUGAUCGAUGGGCAACAACAAAUGACUUUCCUGUGGUAGCCUUUAAAAAUCAUAUAUAAAUAUUUGUUCUGGUCAUUAUAGAUUUCCUUAUGCCUAAUUGUCUUUUCAGUUGAAUCUUGAAGAACUUUUGAUUUUCCAUUUUCUCUCUCCUGUUGAGCACAGUAGCCAGUGCCUUUUUCUUUUUAAGUUGAUACUUUUUUUUUAAAAUUUAAGGUAAAAGAUUGUUUAGAGAAAUGUUUCAAUAUUUUGAUUUGUUGUGGGUCAGGGUUAUCAAAACACUGCAAAAUCAGUUUCUAUUUAAUCUGUUAAAACUGUCUGAUUCAGGAAAAAAUAGCUGUAGAUAUUUAGCUGUAGAUAUUUAUUUAGAUAAAUAACAUUAAAAUCAGCUGAUACAAAAGAAGAAUUUGUGUAACUGUAAAGACUUCCUUUUUAAAGACUUCAGGUAUUUAUUGGAAGUCUCACUAGUAGAGAUGAUUUUGUUAUUUGAAACCUUUCUUCUUUUUGUUUCCCCUCCCCAACUCUCCAGGUGCUACAGCCAUGAUGGUGUCAAGGCUAUCUAUUUACCCUAAAAAUGAUUGGGUUUUUCUCUAUUUGGAAAAUACUGAUCUGGGAAUAGGGAUAUCAGUCCGUAGUAGAAGGCUUGCCUCAUUGUUCAAGAUCCUGGGUUUACUCCCUAGCAUGGGUGAGGGAGAUAAAUGGAGGGAAAGAGAGACAGACUAACUGACUCUAAAUCAAGACUUAGUAAGAGGUGUUUUGGUUUUUGUUUGUUUUGUUUUGGGGUGUUUUGUUUUGUUUUGUUUUGUUUUUUUGGCAGUUUAUGUAGUUUUUUUGUAAUCAUAAAUAUUUGAUUUAGGAAUUAUUUUAUUUACUUAAGAACUACAGAAACUUUGAUAAUCAGAGGGGUAAAGUCCUUUUGGUGUUUUACUUUUAGUGGGAAACUGAACAAGCAGUUUCUUUUAUAACCUAAAUUAGCAGCUUUGUUCAGUUUCAUCAAAGUCUGACCCUAACUAAUACUAGAUGUUAAAAGGAGAACUGUUUCUGAUACUUGUUAUUUUUUUCUAAAAAGUAUAAAUCAUAAAUGUGGGAUUUGGAAAAUACUAACAGUAUUCUUAAAAAAUGAACUUUUGUAUUUAUUAAAAUAGGCACAUAGAGUGGAACUAUUUCCUCAGUAACAUACUUUUCAUAUAAGCAGUAGAGCCUUGAAAUUAAAAAUCACUAGAUAAUAUCACUGGGAAGGUAGACUUUUACAGAUUGGAGUGUAGAUGUUAUCCAUAGAAAUUUUAAUAAUGUGUAGUGGAAAUUAUUAGAAUGAAUUGAUAACUGGAUAUUAAUGAGUAUAAAAUUUCAACUUGGUUGCUGUGUCAGUUCAUUUUUUUUAGAAUUUUUCAUCUGCUUUUUAUUUCUUGAUAGUGGUGAUCAUGAAUAUAAAAAUCUCAGCAUCCUGGUAAUGAGGUGUACUAAGAUAAUGUUCUUACUUUUGGAAAGGGAAGUUAGUAGAAGUUGUUGGUGGUAGUUUGUGUGUGUGUUUGUGUGUGUGUGUGUGUACGUACAUUUGUAUAAUUGCUAUGUACACUCAGAGAAUAGAACAGCCUUAUAUACCAGUAUUCUGUCAUUACUUAAGAGUUAAUGACAUAAGAACAUAAAAUUAAAGAAGAAAAGAAGGAACAAAUCAAAACAUGUAAGUAAGGAAACUAUGAGAAUAAAAUUGACAUUAAGUCUUUCUAUUUCUAGCCAGUGUCGCCUCUGAAGGAAGUUUCUAUUAAUUUCUUUUAAGUCACUUCGCAUCCUUUGUAGGUGAAAAAUGUCUGCAUAUUCAUAAGCCUGACUUUUCUUUUUUUCUUGUAGAUAUGUCAGAUUAUUUUUCAAAGACCUUAAACUGAGAUGUUUCAUGCUUCUUUUGUUGUUGUUGCUGCUGCUGCUGGUGUUGCAUGCUUCUUAAUGAAUAAGUAUGCCCACAGAAUUAGGUCUUGGAUUUGAGGAUUGACUCUUAAUCUUAGCCUCUUUGUAUUUCUUUUGAAAUAGGCUAAGACAAUUAAAUUGAGCACCAUUUUGUUUUUGUUUUUGUUUAAUGAUGAUAGAGGCAAGGCAUUUGCCUGUAAAUAUAACUUAUUUUACUAAAGAUAUCUCUAAGGAAAGAUUUUAGUCAAAUUUUGAGAGAUUAGUUCCUUUAAAAUACUUAUGUUUAUAAAAUGAAUAGCAUCAUCUUUGCCUCCUUUCUGAUAAAAACAUGUGAGUACUUGGACUAUACUGAAUAUAAGCAAGGUAUUAAGUGCCUGAUGCCGUGUAUCUGGGAUGUGAGUGUGUAAAAAUGUUAGUGUUUUUGAGUGGUAUAUACAAAAUGAAGUGUAUUAUUUUUACUUGAAAAAUCUGUUGUUUUCAUCCAGAGCUAUGCCCUGAUAUAAGUGUUGUGUCUCUAAUAGAAAACUAUUCUGAGAACUCUUUAACAUCUUUGCCUUUGGCAGCAAAUAUUUAUUUCACUACCUUUUCUUAAUUUUGUGUGUGUGUCAUGUGCUUAGCUUUGAUUUGUUUCAUAGGCCCAUACGGACAUCUGAAAUUUGUUUUGUUGAAUUUUCUCAUAGUGAUUUCCCUGAUGACAUUAGACAACAAUACAAUGUUAUUACUCUUGAAUGUUAUUUACAGUACGGGCCAUAGCCAUACUUACCUAAUUUAAAUCUAGCAUUUUCUCUGCUAGUAGUUAUUCCCAACUCUAGCCAGUGCCUUUAUUAUCUUUGAUUCACAUGGACAGAACCACUGUGUUUCCUUUUCAUUAUUGAAAAGUUCAUUUAUCUUAUCUUUAGACUUCUUGUAUUUGGAAAUCAUAAUUAAUAUUUACUUCUAACAAAAGUAUGUCUGUUUGCUAAUAUAAGUUCCUAAUAAGUAUCAGUCAGUAUUUUCCACACUUACAAAGUUUAAAUUUUUUUCCAGUAUUUGGUAUUGAAUUUAGGGCCUCAUGCAUGUUACACAAGAAUAAAAAGCAUUAGUAAGCAGCACCAAAAGAAAAACCGAAUCGGGAUAUUAUAGCAUUGGAGUUAUAAUGAAUAGGGUUCUCCCAUUAUAAAAGCAUUGGUAAUUUUCCUACAUAUUUCUGGUGAUGUCUGAUGAUGUAUGCCUCUGUAUGGAAAGUCUUUGAUUUUUCAUGGGUUUUAGAGCCUGAGAGUUUUAGGCUGUGUUAGGAAUGUAUUUCAGUGAUGGUACACUUACAUGUAAGCCCUAGGUUUGGGAUUUGGGUGGCAUUUUCCCCCAAACACUGGGGACAGAGUAUAGGCCUCACACACAGGAGGGGUUCUACCACUGAACUCUACAUCCUCAGUUUAGAGAAUGGUUCUUAAUUUGAGAUCCAAUUAGUCUGUAGGAAUUAAUAAAUGUACUAUACCUAGGUACUAGUUGGGACUUUUAGUGAUUUAAUCAGUCACAGUUCUCAAAAAUUAUAAAUAUAUAUGUACAUAUAAAAUACAUGUAAACGAACAUGUGCUUAAGUUGUAGAGUUAUAUUUUUAUUUGUUGAAAACCAUAUGACCAUCUUAGAAUAUAUAAUUUAUAUCUCUUCCUUGCCUGCCUUUUUGCUACCAUGAAUUAUAGACUAUAACAAUUAUGUAGUUUAUUUAUUACAGAAACCUUAUAUAAAAAGGGCCACAUUAUGAACUUCGGGUGUUUUGUCUUUUUUUUUGGCAAUCAUAUUUAUUCAUUUAUUCAUCAGAUGUGUUUUCUUAGUAUCUUUAUUGAUACUCACCAUACAGGAAUGGUUUCUAAACACACUACAAGAUUUGGACACAUAAAGAUAAUUCUUUUAGUGUUAAAUGAAAAGAUAAAAAUUCAGUGGCAUAUACUUUUCCCUAUGAAGAAAGAAAGAUUAAAGUCACUGACUCAGUAUUUUUUCUCUUUUCUGUGACACAGUUUUCAUGUUACCUUGAAUAUGCAUACAUGUGCAUAUAUUAGCAUAACAGUAGCUAAAUUUCAUCAUUUAAAAAAUUAGACAACUGGUACAUUCACUUGUUUCCUCUUGGGAGACUGAGAUGGAAGGAUCACUUGGACCCAGAAGUUCAGGAACAGCCUGGACAGUAGUCAAGCUCCAUCUCAAAGAUAAGUAAGUCAUUUUAAUUAAUGUUUCAAAGCAGACAAGUGUUGCUGCUGUGUGUUUCCGUUUAUAAUGGCUUUCUAGUAAUUUACGUUCUUCAUAACUAUUUUUGAAUAGUUAACAGUGUUUCACUGCUGUACAAUGCUAUUGUAAAGGUAGCAAUGUAACAUGAGACUAAGCAGUUCAGAUUUAGGUGAGAUUGAAUAGUUUUACUGAUUAAAGUACAAACUGUUUUUGAAAGAAGUCUUAUUCCAGUUAAGAUUUUAUUUAAGUAAUAUAUUUCUAUUUACCUUAUAUUAAAGUGACAUGCUCUCUGAUAGUGUAGUCCAGUUGAGAAUUAGGCCUUAAUGUUCCUUUUUAUUUUUUCUUGUUUUUGUUUUUGAGACAUAUUCUCACCCUGUAGACUUGACUGCCUGGAACUACCUGUGUAAACUAGGCUGGUCUCCAACUCAGAAGUCUAUCUGCCUCUGUCUCCCAAGUGCUGAGAUUUUUAAGAAUAUACAUAAUUAUUUUGUUCUUCAGAAGUAAUUCUGGCAGGAAGAUAUCAGUAGUUAAAUUUAACUGAAAGUAGUCUAAAUUCUUACUAGAGAAUUUAAAUUCUUACUAGAGAAUUGGAACUAGAGAAACUUUUUUUGAAGUUUGAAUUUUCUGUUAGAUAAUCCCUAGUGACUUACGUAGUUCCUAUACUCCUUCCAAAAUUAUGGUGUGUUACAGUGGCUCUUACUGCUGAAGAUCUUUUAUAUUUUGAACAGUUUUUUUCUGUUCUGCCUUUUCCUUCCAAAGAUUGUGCCUGAUAGACACCAUCACAAACGUGUUACCUGCAGCUAAUGCUACUUACAGUCAGCUCCACAUUGGACAGCUUGUGAGGAAGCGAGGUGGCUCUUUGCCAAAUUCUCCUGCAGGAUGAACUUCCCUUUCCUCAUCAGUUUGCUUUUUGUACAUGUGGAGGAAAAAAUAUAGCCAAAAGUGAUGAGAUUUCUGGAUAGCCAUUUUCUAUCAAAUUCAUUGCUAAAUCAAGACAGAAAAUUAACAAGCAUUUGAUUAAUUUGACCAUUUUUCUGGGACUCACAUUAAUUAGCACUUUAGUUUUAGCAGGGUGAUGGUCUCUUGAACACAUGAAUAUACACCUAAGGUCAGAACUUUGGUUAGCUGAAAAUUUAAAAUGGCUUAUUCAUAAAGCAGCUGAGUGUGGUGUCACACCUGUAAUCCCAACACUCACAGCCUAUUGCAGGAGAUUGUCUCAAGUUUUUAGGCUACCUGGACUACAGAAUGAAGUCUGUUUAUCUGUGUGUCUCUGUUUCUCUCUCUGUCUCUCUCUCUCCUUCCCUCCCUCUUCCCCUCAACAACUUAGAAAUUGUGCUGCUAGUUACUAUUUAAGGAGUUGUGUGUUUAUCUUAAAAUAUCCUCUUUCAUUUGUUCCACUGGAAUUGAUUGAAAAAAAAAAGUAAUAACCCUUUUUAUGUUGAAUUAUUGACUGUGCAAACUGUGAUUCAUUGAGUAUUUAUAUGCAAAAAGGGGGGCUCAAAGUUGAGCAAGUUUUAGACCUUAAGGUUGUAAAUAACUAAUUAGCAUUCUGGUAACAAAAUUACUGUUUGGUGCAAUUGAUUCUUUCUGUUUUCAUUCUUCUGAACUUAAGUAUACGAGAUGUAUUUUGUUUUGUCACAAAAAUAUUUUUAAGAACUUCACUGAAUGUAUAUGGGUUAAUGUUUGAUUGUUUCUGUAUAGUAUGAUCAAAAAUAGUUGAAAAUUUUGCACUUUGUUAGUCCCUUGGAAAUUUAUAUUCUAAUAUUUUUUAAAAUGUACAUUUAUUUUGUUCAUAAUAAAUUAGCUUUGUAUAUGACAAUGGGUUUGAAUCAAAUAAAAAGAUAACAUUAAUUUCA